AUGGGGAAGAAGCUGACAGGUAGCAAGAAAGCCCAAAGUAAUAUUCAUACGAUAAAGAAUAAAGAUGGCACGCUACUAGCAGAUCCGAAGUUAGUGAGACAAAGAUGGAAAGAGUAUAUUGAAGAGCUGUACGACAAAGAUGGUAAGCCCACGGAGGAAGAGAUAGAUUUAGAAAGCGAAAUGGAUGUGGAAGUAGAUAACGUAGGCCCUGGAAUUCUGGAAGACGAAAUUGAAGCAGCGAUAAGACAAAUGAAAGACAAGAAAGCAGAAGGAAUUGAUGAAAUACCGACAGAGCUGUUGAAGAAACUUGAAGAUAGUGCUAAAAAGGAAUUGAUACGAAUAUGUCAGGAUAUGUAUGAAAAAGGAGAAUGGCCAAGAGAUUUCACCAAAGCAAUAAUUGUCACGAUGGAGAAAAAGCCAAAUGCAACAGAAUGUGCUGAUCACAGAACGCUUAGUCUGAUUCCGCAUGCUUCGAAGAUAAUGCUGAAAGUGCUGGCAAAAAGAUUGGAAGCCAAAACACAAUAUUUCAUUGAUAAAACACAGUUUGGUUUCAGAAGAGGAUACGGAACGAAAGAGGCAAUCGGCGUCAUGCGAAUGCUCUACGAGAGAUGCUUGGAAUACGGCUUGGAUGAUUGA